CAGAAAGCUGUGUUGACAGUCUGCAGGGCGACGGAAGUUGCCUGCAUCCUCAUCAGUAAACUUAUGGGUUUAUUAUAUGCUGAGACACACUAGAGAGGAGGGUUCAGCCUCCAUGUUAACACAGCCCAGCCCCAUCUGCUAUGUCCUCCACCUCCGUGUCGACUGGUUGUGGUGGUGGUGGUGAUGCUGCAGCUGCCAUGGCAACCCAGGCAUCCGAGCAGGCUCUGCUGGCCUCAGACCGCUACGCCAGGCUCAUCCUGGCCCAGAUGAACAAGAUGCGGCUCCGUACCGACUUCUGUGACGUGGGGCUGAAGGUCGGCAGCCGGGUCUUCAGGGUCCACCGACUGGUGCUUGCUGCUAGCAGCCCGUACUUCUCUGCUCUGUUCUCCGGGGGGAUGAGGGAGGCGGAUAAAGAGGAGGUGCAGAUCCUCGGGGUGGAGACUGAAGUCUUUGAGGUUUUGCUGGACUUCAUAUACACAGGCGUGAUCAGUGUGACAGUGGAGAACGUCCAGGAGCUGAUGGUGGCAGCAGACAUGCUGCAGCUGAACGAGGUGGUGUCUGUCUGUGGAGAGUUUCUCAAGGGCCACAUGGACCCGUCCAACUGUGUGGGCAUAUUUCAGUUCCUGGAGCAGAUUGCUUGCAUGGAAAUGCUGGAGUUCACUGAAAACUACAUCCACGUUCACUUUCUGGAGGUGUGUGUCACAGAUGAGUUCAGAGGCCUAGGGAAGGAUCAGCUUGUGAGGCUGCUGAGAAGUGAAGAGCUAAGAAUCGAGGAUGAGUACCAGGUAUUUACUGCAGCCAUGGACUGGGUUCUCCAAGAUGUGGCAAAGAGGAAAAAACAUGUCGUCGAGGUGUUGGAACCAGUCCGCUUCCCUCUGCUGUCCCCACAGAGACUGUUCAAGUACAUCGAGGGUAUUACAGACUUCAGCCUGCGGGUGGCACUGCAGACUCUGCUGAAGGAAUACACUGAAGUCACAAAGUCUCCCAAAGAAAAUAAGAUGUACAGUCAGCUACAGCCAGCCAAGAUGAGACCCAGACGAAAAGCCAGGAAAUACCUCUAUGCCAUAGGAGGCUACACUCGGCUGCAGGGCGGCCGCUGGAGUGACAGCCGGGCGUUGAGUUGUGUUGAGCGCUUCGACACCUUUAACCAGUACUGGACCACCGUGUCGUCCCUGCACCAGGCUCGCAGUGGGUUGGGGGUCGCGGUACUGGAGGGCAUGAUCUACGUGGUGGGAGGGGAGAAAGACUCGAUGAUUUUUGACUGCACUGAGAGAUACGACCCGGUAACCAAGCAGUGGGCUGCUGUGGCAUCUCUGAACUUUCCGCGCUGUGGAGUUGGCGUCUGCCCCUGCCACGGAGCUCUGUAUGCACUUGGUGGUUGGAUUGGCUCUGAGAUCGGGAAGACCAUGGAGCGAUACGACCCAGAGGAGAACAAGUGGGAGGUCAUUGGCAGCAUGGCAGUUCCUCGUUACUACUUUGGCUGCUGCGAGCUACAAGGAUUUAUCUAUGUAAUCGGAGGAAUCAGUGACGAAGGAAUGGAGCUGCGUUCAGCUGAGGUGUACGACCCCAUCUCCCGCCGAUGGAGCGCCCUGCCCGUCAUGGUCACACGUCGAGCCUAUGUGGGCGUCGCCUGCCUCAAUAACUGCAUUUACGCAGUGGGUGGCUGGAAUGAGGCGCUGGGUGCACUGGAGACAGUGGAGAAGUACUGUCCAGAAGAGGAGAAAUGGAUCGAGGUGGCCUCGAUGUCGACAGCUCGCGCAGGCGUGUCAGUGUCAGCAGUUAACGGGCUGCUGUACGCUGUCGGUGGCAGGGCCGCCAGCAGAGACUUCUCUGCCCCGGUGACGGUGGACUCUGUAGAGAUCUACGACCCUCACCUGGACACCUGGACUGAAGUGGGCAACAUGAUCACCAGCCGCUGUGACGGCGGACUGGCUGUGCUCUGAUCACCUGGAACAUCCAAACUGUGAACGUCCAUAUCACCCCAAACCUACAUGAACUGAAGAAAAGCUGCACCUUAUGAAACACAGAAAUGUGUUUCUGUCUCAAGUAGGCUUUCACAUGAUCAUGUGUUAUUUAUACAUCGAUAAGACAUGUUUUUCUUUUUUUUUGUCCAGAACAUUUGACAGUCCUUGAUCAUAUGACAGACUGAAACUGGAAAACUGCCAAAACUGGUUGUACUGUUACACGACUCAUCAUCAUGAAAUACUUUUACAAGAGUACCCGUGGAAACACUUUUCAAGACAAAGCGAUCCUUGUGAUGAGGAUAUUUUUCACAGCUGAGGAGUUCUAUUUUGGAUGGACCAGAGUUUUUUCUUCAAGUGUGAGAGUCCUAUAGGGAACACAGUGCGAACAGUCCUUGGACAAGAUGUGAAAGCACUUUUUAAAGUUUGUUUUCUUUUUUGUUAAAGGGACAGUUCACCGCAAAAUCAGAAAUACAUAUUUUUCCUUUUAACUGUGGUGCUAUUUAUCAGUCUAGAUUAAUUUGGUGUGAGUUGCUGUGUGUUGGAGAUAUCAGCCAAAGAGACGUCUGCCUUCUCUACAAUAUAACGGUACUAGAAGAGACUCGCUGGUUGGGAAAACUACAGCUGGUCAACAAAAACAAAUUGCAGUUAGCAAACUGUGAGGGUUAAAAAUUCCAGACAGAGAUGCAACAACUUCCAACAAACUUGUUUCAACAAAUAAGCUCAUUUUUAAGAUAUUUUUCGGGGCUGUUUUGCCUUUAUUUGAUAGGACAGAUACAGUUUGAAAGGGGGAGAGAAUGCGGGUAUGACACACAGCAAGGGGCCGUGCGUUGGAAUUGAGUCUGCGGCUGUUGCAGCAAGGACACAGCCUUUGACAUGGGAGACCUGCUCUACCAGGUGGGCUAGUGGGCGCCCCAUAAGCAUGUAUGAUUUUUGAGAAUUUAAUGUGUUAUUACUCAGUUUUUAAAAUGGCAUUACAUUUGGUGAACAGUGUAAUAUGACUUGUUCAGGACCCGUAGCUCCAACGUUUAGGACUUAGAGGGUUCCCACACAUUUUUAUGAACAAAAUUUGAAAACUUUUCCAUGUCUUUCAUUUUUUCUUGCCCUUCUUGCCUGGCACUUUUCAAACAUAUCAGAUUGAAACUAUAUUCAAACAUAAUUUGAGCUAGCUGGCAAACAUGGAGGGAGAGAUGGAACGCAGGGAGAAAACGAAACGUACGUGAUGGUAAAAAACAUGACACAUUGAUGCAUGUUUGAGCUGUGUAUGUCGACAGCUUCAGAAAAUAAAUUUGCUGUUAUGUUACAUUACAUGGAAGGUUAUCCAUGGAAGACUUUCCAUGACAAAAUUCCAUGACUUUCCCAAAACUUUUAAUGAUUUUUACUAAUUCCAUGACCUUUCUAGGCCUGGAAAUGUGAUUGUGAAAUUCCAUGACUUUUCCUGGUUUUCCAUGACUGUGGGAACCCUGGACUCGGGACUUGAGUGCAUAGAAUUGAGACUUGUGAAUUGCAAAACAAUGACUUGGUUCCAUCUCGUUCAUGAGUAGAUGCACGCUUCCUUCUGCGCAGUGAUAAGGCGUGAACAGUUUCAUGUAGGAACUGUUUUCUUUCUACCCAACUACACCCACCAACUGUAUCACUGCACAGAAGGAAGCGUGCAUCUACUCAUGGAAGAAAGGCUCUCACUCGUGACAGUGUGAGAUGGAAACAUUAAUGGCGUCCUCCUUGGUUGAGCUAUAAUGUUAGCUAGACCAGUGGUUCUAGGUGAGUAGAUGCACACUUCCUUCUGCUUUGUUAUAUGGCUGGCAAGUGUAGUUUGGUAGAAAGAAAGUAGUUCCUACAUGAAACUGCUCACAACAAAGUCUGUGGAUUAUCUUGAGUAACCAGCACCACAAGCUGAGUGACAUGUGGCUCCAUUAUAUUAGAGAGAAGGCAGACAUCUCUAUCGUCGAUAUUGCCAACAUUCGGCAACUCACACCAAAACAAUCUAGAUUGAUAAAUAGUACUAGGUAAGAGGAAGAAAUAUGUAUGUUUGAUUUUGGGGUGAACUGUCCCUUUAAAAAAAUGUAUGAGGUGAGUGCAUUGCUACUUGGAAGGUUUUUCAAACCACUUGAGCCUAUUUAAUAAUGGAACCCGAGUUCCAUAAUUCCUGUAAAUGAUUAUGAACUUGAACAACGCACCACUGUUGUCACACCAGUGCAGUUAUCGCUCAGUAAUUUUCACUGGAUUAUUUUUGUAUAUAUGAUACUGUAUAUAAUAGUGCCUCUUAGUCACGACUCACACUCUAAUCCAAGUGUUUUAUCAUUUCACUCAUCAGUGGCGCCUGACAUUACCAGAACGUACAUUUCAUUUACAUUUCAACUCUCUGAUGUUGAGACACACAAUGUAGUUAUUAUAAGACAAUGCACAAAUAUAGAAAUGUUUUUACCUUCUUUACAGUAAGUUGUCUUAUGUUUCCUGUUUUGAUGUUGGAGCUCGUCACAUCUGCAGCUGAGUGGAGCCAAUGCACAGUAACAGUGCUUCCUGCUAACCCUUUACAAACAGCAGAAUAUUAAUGUUACACAACGGUGAUAACAUCUUUUACUGGUUGCUUUUUCAGAUUUAAUAAACUCAUAAAGGAGU